AUGAGUGCCGCAACUUCGGGCCGAGAAACAGAGAAAGCGCAGAGCUACAUCGAUGCUCUGGAUAACGCGCGCAGCGAGGACAAAUGGGGCGAGAUUCCCGAGUUGAUCCGCAAAAUAACAAAGCAUGCGCCGCAUCGGAAAUGCCUGAUUCAGACUGCGAUCGCCGAAGUCCAAGUCAUCGCCCACAUCAGCAAAACACGGCCCGGCACAGCCAAAGGCCAAACAGCCCCGAACCAUGUGUCUAAUCUGCCCGAGUUGAUCCCAACCCUCCUCGCGGCUGUUGAAGAGGCCGACGGGACCCCGCAAGAUGUGUUUCAAGCCCAUGUCUGCUUAGGCUGGAUACACUGGACAUUGUCAGAGCCCGGUUUAGCUGUCAGGCGUCUACCCAAUGAUUUUGAGGAGCCCACGAUCAAUGCUCUCGCUGACGGGAAAAACAACAUCACAAAAUGGACUGAGAUAUGCAUUGUGAAAGCAGGCUAUAUAAAGAGUGCCGCACAAUCGGUUGUUUCUGGUGCGGAUGACGCUCUGAAAACAGCAUCGUCGAUCCUACCCCGACUCUCCACACCGAACUCGAUAUUGGCAUCAUGUCCUCAGGCCUUGUACUGGUCAGAAAAAUUUCUUUCAAAGGUAGCACAGGUGGCAAGCGAGGUAGUCGACCCUGGCGACAGAGAUGACAACUCCAUCGAAAUUGGAUUGGCUUUGAAAGCUUUCCGAUUUUGGUCCGGACAUCCGUAUGUCAAACGACGAGAUAUCACAUCUGUGAAUCGGUCUGCUGGAUCUCCCGAGUCUGGCUCCCCAUUCACCAUGUGGAUGUCAUAUUUCGGCCUCUUGUCCAUGAUAUUGCAGAACGGCAUGGAAUACUUCCCUCCGUCAAACGGGGCCCCGCGCAGUCAGCUGGCCGAAGAGCUUCGCCGUGUAGAGACUGUGUGCGAGAGUGCUCUCCUGAGAGAAAUUCGAUUCCCUACAGCCAACGCCAGUAAUCCUCAGGUCGAGGUAUGGGUCGAAGAGGUAAUCCAUAACUGGGAAGUGCUGUGUGGCCCCAGUUGGCAAGAUAGCGACUUGGGAGAAGGGGGACAGGAUGCAAUUGGGCAUAACGUCUUAGAUGUACUCUACCGAGCCGCCACCAAAACCUAUCACUCUCAUUUGAUUAUGCGGCGACUGUUUCACGUGCAUGCUUCCUUGGCUGAAUUUGAGUUGGCUAUGAAGGCCCUCGACACGUACAUUGAUAUUGUCAUCAAUGCAAAGGAUAGGGCUGAGAAGGCAGCGGAGACUGGCGAGCUGGAAAGUGAUGAAAUCUUGCUUCAAACCGUGUCAGAGGGUGUGCUCCUACUAUCUUGUUACGGCGCAGAAAAUGAAGCACGAAAAGCAAAAGACCUCACUGCGAUUCUAGAGAAAUAUAUUGAGAAAAGCCUUGAUCCCGAAUCCAAUGCCAGUGAUCAAUUGAGUACAGUAUCUCCUAAAGUCAUUGCCAUGGCUUAUCGAGCUAUUGGCGUUGGCUCGGGUAACUGGGCUAGAUGGACGCCAGUCAACGAGUCCCGUGAUGACAUCCGAGCAGAAGCCAUCGAGAACUUGGAAAGGAGUAUUGAUCCUGCGUUCAAAGCACAGAACAACAUCUCCACACGCUACGCCCUCGCCCUUUUAUACGCAGAAUCCCGGGAUUUGGAUAACGCGAUUCUCCACGUUAGGACAGCACUGUCGACCAAAGACGACUGGGCACAAUCAACGCAUGUUUCUUCUGAGCUGGACGGAACCAGUUUCUCUCGAGAGCCAGACUUGGUGCCUUUGUGGCAUCUUCUCGCGCUGCUUCUCAGUGCAAAACAAGAGUUUGGCGUCGCUAGCCGGUCUUGCGAGGCUGCUUUUGAACAAUUCCCUUCGACACUCACCGCGUUUGCUCAAAGUGGUAGACGUGCAAAUAAAGAUAAAGAAAGACCCGGUUCUGGAGAUACGAAGAAAGAUCUAUUACGCCACUUGCGCGGCCGCGAAAAGGAGCGCAUUAUCGAAACCCGUAUGACCCAAAUCGCUCUCAUGGAAGUUAUCGAUGGUCCUGAAGGCGCUGUAAACCACAGUGAUCAACUCCUUACUCUCUUCGCUGCCUUGUUUGAGGAUUUGGAACUUGAAGUUCCUCAGAAAGUUAAUGGAACUCAACAAUAUCUGGGCCCGCCAAAGAGCGCUUCUGGCACAGUGAAGAGUUUCCGUGGCAGUAUUUUUGGCCGAAAGAAGGCGUCGAAAGCUCCUAGUACCAAUGGUGCCGACGAUAUACCACCUCUUCCAACGCGUACUACCGCUGACCCCGACGCUCCAUCGAUUCAAGUGACAGAUGAGCACCACCCGCUUCACAAGCAGCGUUCAAGCCAAGCGCCGAAAUUAAACGGUUUAGACGGGCCAGCAGAACAAUUAGACGGGUCUGAAAAUGGCUCCAUUGAUAAUAUUGGUAUUGCUGUGAGUGAUAUCCCCAGUCACCCGGCUGGCGCCAAGCAAAACGCGAAGCAGCCUCUGCCUGCUGUAGCACACAACCUGGAUCACACGCGCGUGCCUCAGCCCGCUGGUCAUUCCAGACAACCUCCCGAGCAGGACGUUCGCUUGCCUCCGCCUCAUCGGUUCGAGUCUCCUACCAAGUCGCUCACUAAGUUCCCUGCUGCCCAAGCGCAAAAACACGCCCUCGCAGUGCUAGUUAAAGUCUGGCUCCUCAUUUCGGGCUUGUAUCGUCGGGCUUCGCUGUUCGAAGACGCGCGCGAAGCCUGCCAAGAAGCACUCAAGCAAGUUGAGAAAUUCGAAACACUUGUUGCCGCCCAGGACUCCUCGGCUCGUGCCUUUUCAGAGCGCGUGUGGGGGGUAUACAAGAGCUCCGAGGAGCUCUGGGGAGAUGUGUAUGCUGAGCGAGGGGCUCUUUCUCAGGCACAGUCCUUGCCGCAUGAGGCAAUGGAAUUUUACGAAGAAGCCAUCACGCGUUUCCCUGAUCAUCCGAGGGCCACGAUCGGACUAUCAAAUUUGCUCUUAGAUAUCUGGGAAGAGAAAAUCCCAGCCGAGCCCUUGCCGCCUCGACUAGAUGCUGGUAUCCCAACAUCCUUGUCUGCGAAACCCGCAACCAACUUGCGCACCACAUAUACAGACGGUUCCUCUGUAGAUACCACCGACGAGGAUACCGACCCUUCCAUACAACGCGCCGAAAAAAAGACUGACGUCGACUCGAAAGCCAACCGGGUAAGGUACAUGAGCCGGCUUGCCGCGCGCGACAGGGCCUACGGGCUUCUUUCCAUGUUGACCAAGACUGGAAGCUCGUGGGACAAUUCCGAGGCCUGGUUCACACUGUCUAGAGCUUAUGAGGCAAGCUCGCAGCUUGAAAAGACCAAGGAUGUCUUGUGGUGGUGUGUUGAGCUGGAAGACCGCAAACCCAUUCGGCAUUGGUGGAAUCUGGGUAGCGGAAGCUAUGUCCUGUAA